CACGGGCCCUUCUCUUGCAGUGGAACCUGGUGUGUGAGGAUGACUGGAAAGCCCCGCUGACCACCUCCCUCUUCUACGUGGGGGUCCUCAUCGGCUCCUUCAUCUCGGGGCAGCUCUCGGACAGGUUUGGCAGGAAGAAUAUCCUUUUUUUGACGAUGGCCGUGCAGACUGGCUUCAGCUUCCUGCAGAUCUUCUCCACCAGCUGGGAGAUGUUCACUGUGCUCUUUCUCAUAGUGGGGAUGGGACAGAUCUCUAACUACGUUGUGGCCUUCAUACUGGGAACAGAAAUUCUUGGCAAAUCAGUUCGUAUUAUAUUCUCUACAUUAGGAGUUUGCAUAUUUUUUGCAAUUGGCUACAUGUUGCUGCCACUGUUUGCUUACUUCAUCAGAGACUGGCGGAUGCUGCUGCUGGCGCUCACUGUCCCGGGGCUGUUCUGCAUCCCGCUCUGGUGGAUCAUUCCUGAAUCCCCUCGGUGGCUGAUCUCCCAGGGAAGAUAUAAGGAGGCAGAAGUUAUUAUCCGAAAGGCUGCAAAAAUAAAUGGUGUUCCAGCCCCAGCUGUGCUUUUCAACACCGGGGAGAUGCAGGAUUCGAAGCCUCAGCAGCAGCAGAAGGCUAUCCUUCUGGACCUAUUUCGAACCCGAAACAUUGCAACUAUUACUAUUAUGUCAUUACUUUUGUGGUUUUUCACGUCAGUCGGUUACUUUGGCCUGUCCCUCAGCACUCCAAACUGGCAUGGAAAUGCCUACAUCAACUGUUUCCUCUCGGCUGUUAUUGAAGUUCCCGCAUACGUGAUUGCCUGGCUUCUCCUUCGCUCCCUCCCUCGGCGCUACUCCUUAUCUGGCACCUUUUUUUUAGGGGGAGGUGUUGUCCUCUUCAUUCAGCUGGUGCCUGCAGAUUUUAACGUCCUGUCUGUUGGCCUGGUGAUGCUUGGAAAAUUUGGCAUCACAGCUGCGUUUUCAAUGCUUUAUGUCUACAAUGUGGAGCUAUACCCAACGCUCGUGCGAAACAUGGCAGUCGGAGCUACUUCCACGGCUUCCAGGCUGGGCAGCAUCAUUGCUCCUUACUUUGUUUACCUGGGUGCCUACGACAGAUUCCUACCAUAUAUCCUGAUGGGAAGCCUGACUGUGCUGAUCGGGAUCCUUACCCUGUUUCUCCCAGAGAGCUACGGCAAUCCCCUGCCUGAGAGCUUUGACCAAAUGCUGAAGGUGAAAUGUUUCAGAAAUGGGCAAAAAUCCACUGGCAUUAGGAAUUCAAAGGAGAGUCCUAAAAUUCUGGUAACACCCUUGUGA